UGAAGAAGAAGAGGAGGAGUUAUUUAUUAAGUUAUAAUUUUGACUGUUUUCUAUUCUUAAACUUUCAUGACAAAAAUAAUAAAAAAAGAUCCGUUAUUUCUAUUCUGGGUACUUGAAACGGUACUAAUUGCAGGUGUUGUACCUGUAUGUUGUACGUUACUUGAUGUCUGUGUGUGUAGAGCAAAAAUCAUGUAUUUUGCCCAAUUAUUUAUUUUGUUGUAUCUAAUUUUUCAAAUUACUUGUUCAUCCGAACCAAACGUUCUUGAAAUCAUUCACGUAACAAGUUCCGGGAUUAAAGUGGGAUGUAUCACGUUAAAUGGAGCCGUAAAAGACUUGUUUAUUGAGGUGCAUAACGAACGGAUUAUCUUAGACCGUGCAAAUUUGGGAAUGAGAAUCCAAGCAUUCCUUCCCCAGGAAUGUCUUCAAACAAAUAAUAACAAUGAGCCAAAUAAUACAAAGAGACAAUUUCCAUCAUUGUCCACGUUCGGUCUUCGACGGUGUCCAAUAGGUCCUUCCGGAGAAGUCGGCGAAAGAGGCGAACAGGGAAUUAGAGGAUCUCCUGGAAAACCGGGGAUUGAUGGACCAAACGGCCUGAACGGACGCGAUGGUCGUGACGGAGAACAAGGUCCACGAGGACCUACCGGUGCAAAGGGCUGCCCUGGCGCAAAGGGUUUGAAAGGCGUGCAAGGGCCAAGUGGGUUGCCGGGAAUGCCUGGUAGACCAGGACGCGAUGGGCGUGAUGAAAUACCACGAAUUUAUGACAUGAAUACUGCACAAAGGCCAGUCUCUGAUUUCAGUACGUCAGAAGAGUCGACCGGAACCAAGCCAAACUCAAUCCCGUUUUUGGGACAAUGUGACCGCUUUGAUCUUCAGCCUGUCAAGAAAACUCCGACCACUCUCAUCACCAGCUCUGUCAACAUCUUUAUCUGCAACUCGGCCAAUGUAGAUGUCAAUGUAGCAAUGAAUAGUAGCAGUAGUAGCAAUAUUCAAGAUGAUAAUAAUUACAAACUUGUUCCACACAAGCAAAAGUAUUAAAAUCACGUACAUUAUAUUAUAUUGCAUACUUAAGAUUACUGGUGUGGGCUCGAUACUCGGGUAUAUUCCGAUCCCCUCUGUAUUUCUAAGAUACAUAUGCAUGCCGAGUGGGGGAGUAUGUUUAUCACUCGUAAUAAAAUUUGACCCAAAAUUGAUCUAUUUUUAGUUAUUGCCAUUCAUUUUCGCGAUUCUACAGAAAGCAACAUCCGCUCUGAGAAAGAGUCUGUUUGCAAUAUUAGUGCCUCGAAGCAGAACGGAUUUCUGUUCAUUAGUUCUUUACUUGUGACAUUACUGAGCUGUUCAGUUAAUUGGAACAUUUUCUGAAAAAUCAUUUCAUAUUUUUCUUAUCAUGGGCACAUUGGAAGAACAAACGAGGGCGUAUGAGGCUGCGUUGGUGUUCUUUGAGAACUUGAGGGCCGAAAAAGACGGUCCCUACAAAUUGGGGGCGGGUGACCUUCGCAAUAUUCAAGCCCUCAUCAAUCACGCCACCCACGGUGCAUUUCGACAAGCUCCUCCAGAUUCUACAAAAUCACUUGGACAGAGAGAAAAGCAGGCGUGGGAAGCUUUAGGAAAUAUUCCCAAAACCGAAGCAAUGCGAAGACUCGUUGAUAAAAUAGAUCACCUUAAACGUGACGUAGAUCUUGCAAUUAAUGCAGCGAAACAUGCAAAUCAGUAAAAAUAAAGCAGGAAUUAUAUACUUA